AUGACGAGGGCCCAAGUGGAAGAGCAUUUGGCAGAUGCUCGACUCCAGUCCAUCAUUCCGAAACUGGAUAGCUUGGGCGUGGACGAUGUGGAGGACUUGCUGAUCCUGGAAGACGGGGACGUGGACGCAGCGCAGCAGUUGAACAUGGUGGAGAAGCGCAAGCUAAAGAAUCUGCUGAAGACACUUCGGGGAGGCAGCCGCCGGCCGACAGACACUUCUUCGCCCCUCACGGAGCCUCCUUCCGCAGUGCCGACAAUGUGCAGCUCCCCGGUUUUCAGUGAUUCCGGCACCUGGGACCUGGCCGCCAGUCGAGAAUUUGAGAUGGACGACUCGUGGGUGGUGGCGGUGAAAAAUGCCGAUUUCACAGCUUCCAGCGACUUCAAAGCGGACAAGCCAGACAUCUUUGAGGUGCCGCAUUUCAAGGUCACCGGAGGCAUGGCGCAGUGGCAGGAAGUGAGGAAGCUGUACCACCGUCCCAUUCACUGGAGAAUGAGCCCAAAAAGUGGCUGGAGGUUCAUGACGAUGGAGCUUCCCGGUCCCACACAAAACGUCCCCUAUGCGCAAAGGUUUCAAGAGCUGCAAACGUCAGUUGAGCAGUACUGGAAGCUAGGUUUUCAGCACAGCGGAAGGAGCUACUACUUCGUGAGCUCGAGUAAGCCUGCUGAAUUUCCCCGCGGUCCGACGGCCUGGCUUGCAAGUCCCCCCGACGGUGGCGGCCCAGAUGAAAUCGGAGAGCUCAUGGGUUUUCCAGGCCGUCUCAGCCUCGAGGAGACGACAAAGGAGAUGCCGUACCCAGUAUUCCGGUUGAGAGCACGUGGCAAGCAGCUGUUCUCAAGCAUCAUCGCCACAAUUUCCGCGGCCGCUGUCGCGAUGCAACUUCAGAGAAGCUUCGAAGAAGAAGGUGUUCGAGACGAUGGAGCUGGUGAGGCAGAUCCUGCGAUCCUACAAGCCCUAGCUAUUGCUUCAAACACUCGCCAGGAGGAUUCCGGCCUUUCUCGGUCGAUCCCUGGCUCGGCGCAGAUCCGGUGUGGAGGUCUCAAGGGUAUGCUGCUGAGUUCGAAGCGCCUCGCAGCAACUGGCAGGGUGGAAGUUCCGGAGAACAUGCUGAAGUUCGGAGCCGCGCCGUUCGAUGAGGAGCAACUCUCGGUGGUGAGCUUCAGCCGAGUUCGACCCACCUCCCUGGGUUUGGAUGUCGUGCUACGUUUGGAAGCUUGUGGAUGCAAUGCUGAUACAUUCCUGAAGCAACACCAGCACUGCCUGAAAAAGAUCAGCGGAAUGAGGCGGGAAGACGUUUUCGGUCAGUUCUAUUUUGCCGAGUAUGAGAACGAUCCAGAGAUGGAGGCAGUGGGCGAGCACUCCGCAGAGCUCACAAGCAGGCACUACAUAGGAACCUUCCUGGAAAUGUUGAUCGCCGGGUAUGACCCAGAGCAGCAUCCAUUGCUGGAGGUUAUCUUGCGCCAGAAGGAGGCAGCCUUGAAAAGAGCGAAGAAGCAGGUGCACAUUCGAGGUUGCUGGUCUGCGCGCGGUCACCCUGAGCCUCGAGAAUCUGAUGCAGAUUGCGAGAGCCCAUUGCUAAGAGACAAUGAAGUCUUCUUGAUGGUGCCCUGUGACGCGGAGGAGACUGGCUGGAAGGCGUUGACCGGCCCAGUGAUUGUCAACUACCUCUCGGACCGAGAUCCUUACGCACUGAGGUUGGCUGUGGCAAAGGACUCGCCAGCUUUGCGCGCCAAGUGCGAGCCCGGCAUACUCUUCUUCUCCAGGGUGGGAUGUCCACUCCAGAAGAACCUCUCGUGGGACUUCGACGGUGACUAUUUCCAGAUAAUCACAGACGAAGAGAUCGUGAACUGUUUCUCAGGCAGCACAUUGCCGAUGCCGGAGCCUGAGUACGAGGACGAUGAUCUCAAAGACAUGCCUGUGAGCAGCUGGGUGGAUGUAAACGCAAACUUCUUGUCCGAGUACCCUCAGAGGGACCGCAUGGGCCUUCUGCAUUACCACUGGCAGCUGAUGGCGGGAAAAGGGCCGAAGGCAGCUUGUUCCCCAGAGGCGAGGCAGGUGGCAUCGGCAUAUGCAAAGUCUUUGGAUGUGGAAAAGGGCAAGCGAUGCCCCAAGCACCCGCCAUUCGAACAUGCCAGAAAAUGGGACUUCAUGAAUGGUGGAGACCUCGACAAUCCCUCCCCGACAGCGGCCGGCUUCUGUUUUCGUGCUGCUAUCAGAGCCGAAGAGGAGUUCAAAGCCGUGAGGGACCGAGCACGGAGCACUGGGAAGGAUCCUGACCUUGACAAGGCUUGGCAGCUGAUGGAGCAGGAGCUUGGGCAGAAGCUGUGCCAACAGGUCAAGGAUUUCGCAAAUACUGUGCGUGGGGAGUUCAUCGAACGAGUCAAGGCCGAGUGCAACAAGGCAGAGCGCACGGCGCGCGAAAAGCAUCCUAACUCUUCCGGUGAAAUCGUCUUCAAGGACGAGUGGAUCAGGGAACUACGUGCCCGGACGCAGGAAAAGGCCGAGAAGCUCGUCGGCCAGCAGAAGAUCGGUUUGACGCAAGUUGCAUUGGCAGGAUGGCAUCUCAAGUACGUGGAUCAAAAGGUUUGUGAGCGAGAUGCAGAUCCAGACCCAAGCUUUCCAUGGACGUUGUUCAGGCAAGAGCUAACGGCACUCAAGGAGCACUAUCAGCCAUGUCCCAUGGCCGAGCUUCGUCGAAACCAUGGCUGCUUUCGGCGGCUCCAAAGGGGUGCAGCCCAAGAGCAUGAGGAGAAGGUGUGGCAGGCCGUUGCCGGCUUGAAAUUCAACAUGAAGUGCAAGGAAUGCUCCCGGGAUAGAGAGAUGCUUUUGGACAGGCUCACGUCUCACGGCAGCUUCUCUGAAAUUGCCGCAGCAGUCAAAGAAGUUUCAGGACGUGGAGAGCUGAUCAGGGUUGGUAUUGAUGAUCUUCGGUAUUGCAAAGAUUCCAUAUCCGAUGUAUUCGACCAUGGUCUGAACGCUGGCAUGAAGCUCCGUGAGUUGGUUCAAAAGCUGCUGAUGGAGGGAACUCCAAGCGACUUGGAACUGACGGCUGUCAAAUUUCACGGGCAUCUCUACGUGAUCGAGGGGAACAAGCGGUUAUGGUGCCUGAAGGAAGCACAGAAGGGAAUGAAGGGGAAGCUUAAAGUGUCGGUGCGAGUGCCAGAUCUCUAUCUGGGCUUUGUUCAGCGCCAAGAGCACAAGGAGCCUGUGCUGCCGUACUUUCUGCAGAGAUUCUGCCCCCGCUCGGGGGGUCGAGACAUUCUCCUGCAGCACGAACAGCAGCAUUCCACCGAACUAUGCGACAUGGCACAGGCAGCUUUGUGCACCUGUGCUCCCAAAGUCAACGAGCAGGCAGACAUCCAGGAAGCCGGCUGCAAGAUUCUUGGAUGCGGAAAGUACAAGGGCUGUACCUAUGGUGAAGCUUGCCAGGACAAAAGUUACCGGAACUGGGUGAUGCAGAGCAUUGGCGACACAAGCAGUCCAGAAAUGCAGGACCUCAAGCGCUACAUGCGUCGUGAGUCGAAUGCUGAGCAGCCACAUGCUACAUCAUCCCGGUCCAGUGUUCACGUGGUCAAAGAGCAGGCAUACAUCCAGGAACUUGGCAGCAAGAUUCUUGGAUGCGGAAAGUACAAGGGCCGCACCUAUGCCGAUGCUUGCAAGGACACGGGUUACCGGAACUGGGUGAUGCAGAGCAUUGGCGACACAAGCAGUCCAGAAAUGCAGGAACUCAAGCGCUACAUGCGUCGUGAGCCGAAUGCAGAGCAGCCACAUGCUACGUCAUCCCGGUACAGUGUUCCCGUGGUCAAAGAGCAGGCAGACAUCCAGGAACUUGGCAGCAAGAUUCUUGGAUGCGGAAAGCACAAGGGCCACACCUAUGCCGAUGCUUGCAAGGACACGGGUUACCGGAACUGGGUGAUGCAGAACAUUGGCGACACAAGCAGUCCAGAAAUGCAGGAACUCAAGCGCUACAUGCGUCGUGAGUCGAAUGCUGAGCAGCCACAUGCUACAUCAUCCCGGUCCAGUGUUCCCAUGGUCAAAGAGCAGGCAGACAUCCAGGAACUUGGCAGCAAGAUUCUUGGAUGCGGAAAGCACAAGGGCCGCACCUAUGCCGAUGCUUGCAAGGACACGGGUUACGGGAACUGGGUGAUGCAGAACAUCGGCGACACCAGCAGUCCAGAAAUGCAGGAACUCAAGCGCUACAUGCGUCGUGAGUCGAAAGCAGAGCAGCCACAUGCUACAUCAUCCCGGUCCAGUGUUACCGUGGUCAAAGAGCAGGCAGACAUCCAGGAACUUGGCAGCAAGAUUCUUGGAUGCGGAAAGUACAAAGGCCGCACCUAUGGCGACGCUUGCCAGGACACCGGCUACCGGAACUGGGUGAUGCAGAACAUCCGCGACACAAGCAGUCCAGAAAUGCGGGCGCUGAAGGCAUACUGCGUACUCUCCUUGGCGAAUUGA